CAUUUAAACAAUAAAGAUCUCAUACAAAUUAUUAUAAACAACAACAAAAAAACACUGCAUUGAAAACAAGAAACAGUAAUAAAAAAUGACCUUUAAAGUGGUAUUUGCAUUAUGCCUACUUGGCUUGGUCGUUGGCGCAGUGAAGGCGGAAGAUUCCGAAAUCACUAAAUUUAUGAAACAUUUAGAAGUCAUACCCGACGUUAUCGAUGAAGGACCAAAACAUUUUCUAAAGAUUACCUAUGAUAAUGGCAUACAAGCUGAUAAAGGAGUGGAAUUAACCCCCACCCAAGUUAAGAAUCAACCCAAAAUUGAAUGGCAAGCGGAGGCUGGCACUUACUACACCUUAAUUAUGACCGAUCCUGAUGCUCCUUCACGCAAAGAACCUAAAGUGCGUGAAUGGCAUCACUGGUUGGUGGGCAAUAUACCCGGUGACAAUUUGAGUAAAGGUGAAGUUUUAUCUGAAUAUGUGGGUUCUGGACCACCAAAAGAUUCUGGUUUUCACCGUUACACAUUUCUGCUGUACAAACAACCCAAGAAAUUGGAGUUUGAUGAGAAACAUAUAACUAAAACCCAAGCAGCUGGACGUGAGAAAUUCUCUACCAAGAAUUUUGCCAAGAAAUACAAUUUGGGAGCACCACUUGCUGGCAAUUUCUAUCAGGCCCAAUAUGAUGACUACGUUAUGGAGUUGUACAAACAAUUGGGUCUUUAAGUGUCUUGUUUUGUGUGGGUUUUUUUUUUAGGAAAAAUCGUUUUCGUAAUCCAUGUAUUUAUUAUAAGUCUUCACAAAUUAAACUAGUUUCUUGUUUUUUUUAAAGUUUUUGACACCAUCUUUGCACCAAACGUAAGCAACUAAGCAACCGGUAGAUUUAAAUUUAUUGUAAUGUUAAUAAAUCUUUUGAUUAACAAAAAAACAAAAAAAUAACAAAUGAAACAACGAAGAAAAAACAAAUACCAACAACUUUUAGUUGUGCACCAUAAAACAAAAGCAAAAGAAAAAAUAUUAAUUAAAUAAAGAAAUAUAUUUAAAUUUUAACAA